UGGUGCUUCUGUUACCACUUGUUCAGAGACGGUCUUAAGCCUUUCAGCUGGUGAGUUUUACAGUUCUGAGUCCCCUUUGCCUGCUUCUGUGUUGGCAGGACUGUAAUAUCGAUUCAGACGUCAACAAUGAGGCAUGACUUUAGGUGAAGUGCUGUGGUUCCUCUGUUUGUUUCUGUUUCUCCCCGCUCUGUCUGGGAGUACCAGCGUCCCACGGACAAGCGUACCACAUCAGGAUGCUAAUAUAAUACUGUUCAGAGAUGAGGGGAUCUAUAAUUACACUACGUUGCUGCUGCGGGAGGACUUGGGUGUGGUGUUCCUAGGGGCUCGGGAUGCCGUCUACGCCCUAGAUAUAAAUGACAUUUCCAGGAAGACGGCAGAGCUUCCGUGGAGCGUCGCGGUGGAUGAACGAACGCAGUGCUGGCACAAAGGAAAGCAUUUUGAGACCGAAUGCAGAAACUACAUACGGGUCCUGCAGAAAGCGGACGAUGACAGAAUGUAUGUGUGCGGCACCAACGCGUUCAGUCCCACCUGUACUUACAUGACGUAUUCCGACGGACGACUGAAGCUGGAUGGAGAGCGGGACGCGGGCAAGGGAAGGUGCCCCUUCGACCCGUUCCAGAGGCACUCCUCCCUCAUGCUCGACGGGGACCUGUACUCCGCUGGCGCCGUUAACUUCAUGGGCUUUGAUCUUGCUUUAACGCGCACGCCCCUCCGCUCGCUGUCCGCCAAUCCGACGCUGCGUACUUACGAAUCCACGUACACCCUCAAUGAGCCCGUCUUUGUCCACAUGGACGUGGUUCGGGAGAGCGGAGGCAGUUUUGAGGGGGACGACGACAAGGUCUACAUGUUCUUCAGCGAGAACGCAGUGGAGUACGACUUCCCCAGGGGGCUUGUGGUGUCACGCGUCGCCCGCGUUUGCAAGGGGGACUUGGGUGGACAUCGGAUGCUGAACAAGAGGUGGACGACAUUCUUGAAGGCCCAUCUUGAAUGCCUCGGCCCCGGGCCCAGCCUUCCCUACAUCGUCCAAGAUGUCUUCCUGCUUCAGCACAGCAACUGGAGAAAAAGCAUCUUCUACGGCGUUUUCUCCCCACAGGGCUCUUCGGACCUGUCGGCGGUGUGCGCGUACAGCGCGGCCGCCGUCCGAGACGUCUUCUCCAACGGGAGGUACAAGGUGCCAAUCAGAGACACCGCUCCCGCGAGGUGGGCGACGGACUACGGAGACGCGCCUGACCCCCGCCCCGGAGCCUGCAUUAACGACGCUGUGAGGAAGCAGGGCAUUCAGAGCUCCAUGGGGCUGCCGGAUAAGACCCUGCAGUUUGUGCGGGACCGGCCCCUGAUGGACGAGGCCGUGCGGCCCCUGACGGGGGGGCCCCAGCUGGCGAAGAGGGGCCCGAUGUUCACCCGCAUCGUCGUGGACCGCGUGACGGCCCUGGACGGGCACAGCUACGACGUCAUGUUCGUCGGCACAGAGAAUGGGUUUGUGCAGAAAGCUGUGAACUACGAUGGCGAGAUGUUCAUCAUCGAGGAGGUGCAGCUGCUUCCUGUCCCGGAGCCAAUCAAAACCCUCCGGCUCUCUCGCGUCACGGGCCAGCUGUACGCGGGAUCAGAGACCGCCGCGGUGCAGAUGGCGUUGAGCGACUGCAGCCGCUACAGGUCCUGCCAGGACUGCGUGCUCGCCAGAGACCCCUACUGUGCGUGGAGCGCCACUGCAGCUCUCUGCACCGCUGUGUCCAGCCGAGACUCAGACAGGAGCCUUAUUCAGAGUUUGAAAGAUGCAGAUGUCUCCAUGUGUCCAAACUUAGCGAGCGUGGAGCCCCAGAGCCAGACGCUGAUCCCGGGGAACAACAUCCUCCUGCAGUGCCGGCCCGACACCAACCUGGCCCAGGUGCUCUGGCUCUUUGACGGCCGGCCGCUGGGCCCCUCCGACGCCAAGUACUUCUUCUACCGUGAGGGCCUGAUCGUCCGCCACGCCGCCGCGGCCGACGCCGGCCUCUACACCUGCCAGUCCGUGGAGUGGGUCGGAGGGGCGCGGCACGCCAGGACUGCGGCGGCCUACCGGCUGCAGUUACCCUCUACAGAUGCCCCGCCCACAGGUGCCCUGCCCACAAAGGCCCCGCCCACAGAGGCCCUGCCAACACAUGCCCCGCCCACAGAGGCCCCGCCAACACGUGCCCCGCCCACAGGGCCUCAGCGGGGAGAAGUGACAGCCCUGGAGGUGUCGGUGGCUGUGCUGUCCCUCCUGCUGGUGUCCCUGCUCCUCUUUAACGUUUGGCGAGGGCACCUCCCGCUGGCAGGCUGCCGGAAGGCUGUGCGGCGCUGUAGGCCCAAAGGUGCGCAGAUACGGCCGCUCGAUAUCAACACUCCACCGGCAGCCCUGCCUGGCCACACGUUCCUCUCUCAGACGCCUGCAUUUAUUAACGUUCCGGAGUAGCCUUCAUGGACAAAAUAGUGGUAAAAAACAUAUAUCAUAUUUUAAACUGUUAGUAGAAGGAAGGGAAUAAUAAUAAUAAAUAAAUAAAAAUAAAACACAUCAGCAGGUCUUCUUCCCGCCUUUAAGUUAAUGAAGUAAAUUAAAUCCCAGUGUUCUUCUUUUGUAACAUCUUGCCACAUGGUUUUAAUAUCAGACUUCACGUAAACCAUGAAAAACAAAAUGAAUAAUUUAUCACAGAAUCCAUGGUACUCCACAUUGGUCAGCCUAGCAAACCUCAUGAGCAUGUAUAAUCUUAUUGUAAAUAAAUAAAACAAAAAAAAAACUUUAAAAACUUCUGAUUUCUGAAAGGCGUAUGUGUUCCUUCAUAACUCAUUGCUCUUCUACAGCACACUGUAGUGGAGAUAAAGACUUUACACUCCUUUAUAAAUGACAGCAGACUUUGUUCGUAUGCAUUCUCUUUAUUACAUCAUCUGGUUAAAAAGCUAUGGACAAGGACAAAACUGAAAUACUGAAAUAACGGAAAUGAUUUCAUGUACAUCUAGACAAAGCAGUUAAUUACCGUCUAAACGACAAUUAAAAAUGAAAUUAGGCAGAAACGCACAUCUUUGGAUCUUAAUCCACCCCGGUUUGAAGUGCAGACACCAACUCUUUUGGAAACCAAAUUGACAGACAGCACGGACUGAGGAAAACGCCUUUUAUUACAGAGCGGCAAAAAUGAAAUGAUGACAAUUGGCCACCGGACCCUUUGCA